AUGCGAGCAAGUAUCUCCUCGAGAGUAACAUCAUUCCGAUUUCGUUUCUCCCCUCCAGUUCUUACUUUGCUUGUAAUUCUUGGAAUGAUUCUUCACGGAUUCAUUUCCUUCUAUCCACAUCUUGAAUUUGUUUCCGUUCUCCAUUUACUGCAAGAUUAUCAAAUAUAUAUUCGAUACUUUUUUUAUUUCACCUUGUUUUUGCAUGUGAUCGAAGCCGGUGCUUGUAUCUAUCAACUCACGAAUUUUAAAAACAAGAUUUCCCAAAAUCAACUUGUGGAUUUGAGUAAUUAUGAAAUGAUUUCUGUAUUAUAUGUGAUUCAGACAUUGAUUGUUGGAUUUCCUACAUUUGAAGCACUUCAUAAGGAAAUGGAUCGAGUCCUUGAUGAAACGAGUCACCAAGAUUAG